AUGAAAUUUUAUACCUUUCUGCCUUUAAUGCUAGCCGCAGUUUUCGCUGUCGAUGGAGGCUGCGGUUCGGCACAGCACGUCUGCAGUGGGCUCUCCAAACCGGUGGCCGUGUCUACAGAAUUCAGCAACGGCGGCUGCCGAGAAAUCAUCAUGUUCUUUACACGAGGUACAUUGGAGCCGAGUAACAUGGGCCUCGUUGCUGGCCGUGAACUCUCGCGCAGCCUCAAAGAACGCUACGGGGAAUCGUUAGUCGCUACAGAAGGUAUCGAGUAUCCUGCUGUCGAGGAGACAAAUCUUCUCCCUGGCGGUGGUGACCCGGCCGGAGUAGCAGAGCUUACGCGCCUCAUCUUUAAUGCGACUGCGAAAUGUCCUGGGUCCAAAAUCGUCAUUGCUGGCUACAGUCAAGGGGCGGCCAUAACCCACAGAGCUGUUGAAAACUUGCCUUCUACCAUGAUGGAAAGGCUCACUGCUGUAGUGACAUUCGGCGAUACUAGGAAUAAGCAAGAUAACGGAAGUAUUCCCAACUUUCCCAAGAACAAAACUCUAGUUAUUUGCAAUCAAGAAGACGCAGUUUGCAAUGGAACUCUGGAUAUUUUGGCUGCUCAUAUGGACUAUGACCGUCGUGUUCCCGAAGCAUCGUGUUUUAUCGCAAAGCAGAUACGAGAACAUUAA